GAUUGUAUGCCCUCCUUAAGUAAUCAUGGCCAAUUAUUACACGGGGUAGUUAACGGCUACUAAGAUGUUCCUCAUUUGAGAUUGAGACUUAUUUUAACCUAUUUAAAGUGUACCUUCCCAGAAAAUAUUUAUGAUAUAAAUGAGUGAAUGAAAUGGAAAAUGUUUAUAUUAUAUGCUUUAAGUUAGGUAGGGCUACAUAUUUGUAAUUAUUGAAUGUCAUUUUGAUUUCGGUCCAACAUUAUACCAGGUACAUCUUUGUAGCUACUUUAGGGUCUAUGUACUAGAAAUGGCUAAAUUUUCCCUACAUACGACUAGGUAUUGUCUAUUUUAAGGCAGCCCUUUCUAUGAGACUCGUGACGCCCAUUUGUCAGCUCGAGUGGUUAUGAUAGAAGCAGCCGGUCUGCCUUCAACACACUAAAGCCAGGGUUAAUGUCAUGUUUCUGCCGUCUGCGUUUUGUGUACAUCCAGUGUAACACACAGAAUUUAAAUAUCCUUUAACACAACUGAGCCGAGAAAACGAAUGAAAAUCGCCGAACCGACUGACCUCCCCGCUUCGCUUUAUAGCUGUAGGUGAACGAUGACGGAGUACAAGCUUGUGGUGGUGGGGGCUGGAGGCGUGGGGAAGAGUGCGCUCACCAUCCAGCUCAUCCAGAACCACUUUGUGGACGAGUACGACCCCACCAUCGAGGACUCGUAUCGGAAGCAGGUGGUGAUCGACGGCGAGACGUGCCUGCUGGACAUCCUGGACACUGCGGGUCAGGAGGAGUACAGCGCCAUGCGGGACCAGUACAUGAGGACCGGGGAGGGCUUCCUCUGCGUCUUCGCCAUCAACAACACCAAGUCCUUCGAGGACAUACACCACUACAGGGAGCAGAUCAAGCGGGUGAAGGACUCCGAGGAUGUCCCCAUGGUGCUCGUGGGGAACAAGUGUGACCUGCCCUCGCGCACGGUGGACACCAAGCAAGCUCAGGACCUGGCCCGCAACUACGGCAUCCCCUUCAUUGAGACCUCUGCUAAAACCAGACAGAGAGUGGAAGAUGCCUUUUAUACACUGGUGCGGGAGAUCAGGGAGCACCGGCUAAAUACGCUAAGCAAGGAGGAAAAGACUCCGCGCUGCGUGAAGCUUAGGAAGUGCGUUGCGAUGUGAAAGGGGGUGUGGACGACGCCUUCUACACGUUAGUGCGGGAAAUCCGCAAGCACAAGGAGAAGACCAGCAAAGAGGGGAGGAAGAAGAAGAAGAAGAAGUCGAAGGCGAAGUGCGUGGUCAUGUGAACAGCCGUCCCUUCUCCCAACGAGGAACUAAAGAAACGACAAACGACGACAGAAAAAGAAAAAAAAAAACAAAUUCUUAAAAUGUGCCUAACUGAAAGUAUUAUUUUGUACAUUUAACACUAAAUUAUUAACUCCUGUUUUCAAUCGGUGUCACAAACGGUUGCCGGGACGACGUUCUCUGCGGUUGGCUAACUGAUACAAGCCCAGGUUAGCCGGAGUUCUCCUGAGUGCCAGGGGUUUGUGUAGCCCUUUACCAUGAUAGGGUCACCAGACUAUUGAAAUUUAAUUGCGGUGCGGCUGUUGAUGGAAUCGGAAAUGGACCUUAGUGAUAGCUUGAGGGUAUUUGUGUGGCAUUUUAAGACUUGGUGUCGGGUAUUUGAAUUGUAAUAAUAAACGAGAAAAGAAUCUCUGCAAUGCUGGGGACUGACUGUUAGCUCUGCUCUCUCAAAAGUGGUUGUCAGUGAAAUAUGAAAUAUGGCCUAAUAAUAAUAAUAAUGAUGAUGAUGAUGAUGAUAAUUAUAAGGGGGCCAAUCACCUUUAGCCAUAACUGUGGGACUUGUGGUCGUUGCACAUUUGUCAUUAACCAACCGGCUUAGCAAAGUCUUAAUGUGGGCCUCAUAACGGGAAGAAAUUAUGACAAAUUAAAAACUGAAAUCUUAGUCGCCCCCAUCCCACCCCCACAAAAAAAAAAAAAAAAAAUUAUACAACCGUUUUGUUCAAUGCCACAGUAAUGGCACUGCUUGAUUUACUUAUUUAUUUUUCGGUUUGAGUUUUUGCCCCUCUUCCCUGAAACAUCUUCACGGAGGUCUGUCUGAGAGCCCGUCGCUGCGAUCGGAAAGCGGUUUACUGGUCGUGCCAAAGAAUCUCACCACACUUUAAAUACAUCAUCUUGGGCGUGGUCAAGAAAUGUAAACCGUAUUAUGGGUCGAGCCUAACUUCUAAUGGAUCGUAAAGGUAACCAGCUAGUAAUCCAUAGAGUCAUUAGCCUAUUAAGACUGGCUAAAGGCAAAUGUGAUGGCAUACUCGGUCAUUAGCCUAUUAAGACUGGCGAUGUUAAUUCUGAGAGAUUUUUUUUCUUCAGAUAGGGCCUGGUUGAGGGAGCCAAAGGACUGUUCUAGAAAGCGUUUCUCGAAAAGAUGAAUCGCUGUGGCUAAUUACUGUGUGCCAUAAACAAAGGAAGCGGCACAUUGAGCCUGAAAGAGCUCAGAGGCUGGGGUUAACUCUUGGGCUGUGGCUCUUGGGCUGUGGCUCUUGGGCUGUGGCUCUUGGGCUGGGCUCUUGGGCUGGGCUCUUGGGCUGUACUCUUGGGCUGUGCUCCUGGGCUGUGCUCUAGGGCUGUGGUCUUCAUGUGACCAGCAGUGCAUUACCCAGGUAUAUGUGGGAAAAACACAUUAGUCCUGACAUUGACAGAAGAGUAAGAAUAGCGAAGGCAAAGACAGAACCUUUUGUUCCUCUCUCUUUUUAUCACUUUUUAUCCUGGAUUCUUUCCCCUCGUGCUCAUGUGGAAUUUCAUGGAAUGGCUAGGGCAAUUCCAGAACCAUCCAGAGUCUUCUUCCAUUGUCCUGCUUGCUGUUUGUCCCUCCUUGACCUUGAUUUUACUUUUCCAAAGAGUCUGCAAAGUACUAAUUUGAAAAGUCAUUCAAGACUAUACAUUUUAAUUGCCUGAAAUAUCCUUCAUCCCUUGGAAAAUAGGGCCAAUUAAAAACACACUAAAACUUAUAAAAAAAAUAAGUGAAUUAUAUGUUUAAACUUUGUAAAUAUGAGCAAGAUCCAACGCAUACAUUUUCUAUCAUAUCUUUUUUCCUGGAUUGAUUUUAAUUGUGUUUGGUGGUAAUUUAAAUUCUUAAGUUUAGUUUUUAGACAAUUUGGCGAUACUUAGCAUCAAGCGGCACAUAGACUAACAAAUCAUAAUUUUUUGGUUUUAACAAGUCUGCUUGAAAAAUAUUUCUCUGUCCUUGAAACUGGCUGAAGCAGGUGGGAGGAGCUCAAUUGACCAAUCCAGUCGAAUAUGCAAAUGACAGCCGAUUUUAAAUAUCGCAGCACUGGUAGCAUAAGCAAUAUCCUGAGCUUCCGAGUGACCCAGUAAAUAAAGGGGACUUCGGCAAGUACCGGCUAGGCUACGCGGUCACGAGUUCAAGUCUGGCUGCGAUGGGCGACGCCCUGCCCGAGAGAGGUUAGCGACGGAAGGCGACGUUUUUCCUGCGUCGCGCGACACGAGCUCGGGCGCGACUCGUCGUCGGUGGAACUCGACUUUGGGCGGCUAAUCGUGCUAAUCGUGCUAACCGUCUCCGCGCUCCUCCUUUCAAACUAAAACCCGAUCGACUGGAGAAUCGGCAGAUGACCCGGUGACGGGUCUCGCUGCCCAGCGUUCCCUUCUGCUAAGGACCGGACGUGAACACGGGCAGCGUUUGGUUACUUUUAAACUGUAUCGCGGACGGCACGCAUGUGCAUAUCGGAACAGGCGCCGAUUUGGUUAAUAUUGCCAUCUUUUUAAGGCAAAGUGCCAAAACAAGCCACACCUAAGUCCUGCACACUUUUAUAUGCCAUUGAGGCAAUGGUUUAGUAAGUAUGUUUAGCAGCGUAAGAAUAUGCAUAUAUACCCUUUAGUCUCUUAAAUACUCUUUAUUUAUAUUGAGCGCUAUAUUGGGGACAAACAUGGAAGUCACUGACAACAGCAUCUUCAUCUGGAACAGUUCUAAGAAGUAAACAUGAGACCUUUUUCUUGGUAAAUAUUUCACAAAUUAGUUUUUUUUUUUUUUUUUUUUUUUUAAAUAUAUUUGGGGCUCUUAUCAGCUAUUCUUUCUAAGCUUGCGUUGAGGACUAAGGAAAACGUAAGGAGAAGUGCAGCAGCUCUAAGCACCUGUUGGACCCAAAGCGAAAAGCAAUAAUGCAUUUUACUGAAGCGGAAACAAACUGCGCAGCAAAAGUGGGUGGAGCUGCCGCGCGCUGACAACCAAUUGCGGUGGUUUCGGAUAGAGAUCCUGAGCGUUUCGGUUGGUUUAGCUUUCAGACUUAUCGGUGAUUUGGGUAGCUCAUUGUAGCAACACCCAAGUAAGGGGCUCACGAAGCCUCGUUCUCCAUCGCCAAGAGUCUGUAUUAAAUGGCCUGUAACGGAUGGCAAGGUUUUAAGAAGCAUACCGAAAAUUGAUUCCUAAUAGUGCAUAAGCAUUCUCUGACCUUGACCCAGCUAUAUCUUGUUAACAUCUUAUUUUCUCCUUUGAAACUUGUAUUGAGUGUAUUUAGUUGUAUGUUUUAUAAUUACGGUGAAUAUUGCUGCAUAUCAGAGCCCAGCUAACACAGAACGUCCUCGCGACGUUACUGGAAUGUCUUGUCGAUGCCAUAACGUUCGCAUGACGUCGCGGCAACGUUUUGAGAACGUUUCGUGCUUGCUGGGAAGUAACACUCCGCGGUUCUGAAAUGUUUCCUUCCAUGUUAGUAAAACUUUAUUUUUUUGUUCUCGUCUCCAUUCGGUUUGUUUAAAUGUGUGAUGUUUACCUGGAAUGCAUUUAAACAACCUUUGUAUAGAUACAGUUCUGAAAGGUGCAGUUUGCUUUUUGUGUGUGUGUGUGUGUGUGUGCAUGCGUGUGUGUGUGUGCCUGCGUGUUUGCGUGUGCGUGCGUGCGUGUGUAUGUGUGUGCGUGUGUGUGUGCCUGCGUGUUUGUUUGUGUGCGUGUGUGUGUGUAAAUUUGACCUUUUCCGGGGAAACAAAACUGUUUUAGUCUGGUUUUGGAAUUUUGUCAGGGUGUGAAUCUGGAAUGGAGAUGGGUCCUGAUUGGGCAGAAAAAAUGACCACUGUGUGACGCCAUCCUUUAAUGUUUUCUUGGAGUAUGCGGUAUGUAGGGAGAAAUUUCACGACUCCUAUUUAAGGUAUAAUAAAGAAAUGAAAGUAAAAUGUUAA